AUGAGUGCUGUUUUUGCUAAACUGGACCCCAGGAGGAUCGAGUGGGAGUCGUAUUGGUAUGGACUCCACUCGCGAAUCCUGCGCACUAAACCUGUGGAUUCCAUGCAAGAGGGCUCAGAUGACCUCCAUGGCACCAAGCUUGCCCGAGUACUCACUACAGUGGAUCUGGUGUCACUUGGGGUAGGCAGCUGCGUAGGCACUGGCAUGUAUGUGGUUGCCGGGCUCGUUGCUAAGGAAAUGGCAGGACCUGGUGUGAUCUUGUCCUUCAUAAUUGCAGCUGUAGCAUCCAUUCUUUCAGGGGUCUGCUAUGCUGAGUUUGGCGUGAGAGUACCUAAGACGACAGGCUCCGCCUACACCUACAGUUAUGUCACAGUGGGAGAAUUUGUGGCCUUUUUCAUUGGCUGGAAUCUCAUCCUGGAGUAUCUGAUUGGUACAGCGGCAGGAGCCAGUGCGCUAAGCAGCAUGUUUGACUCUUUAGCCAAUCACACCAUCAGUCGCUACAUGAUCAACCAUCUCGGAACGUUAAAUGGCCUGGGUAAAGGUGAGGAAUCCUACCCAGACCUGCUGGCUCUGCUGAUCACCAUGAUGGUGACUGUGAUUGUGGGUUUAGGGGUGAAGAACUCAUUGAGCUUCAAUAAUGUACUGAAUGUGGUUAACUUGGUUGUGUGGGUCUUCAUGGUGCUGGCUGGCCUUUUCUUCCUUUCUGGAGCCAACUGGGAGGAUGGAAGGUUUCUACCCUAUGGCUGGUCAGGGGUCAUGCAAGGAGCUGCAACAUGUUUCUAUGCCUUUAUUGGCUUUGACAUUAUCGCUACCACAGGCGAAGAGGCCAAGAACCCCAACACUUCCAUUCCAUAUGCUAUAACAGCCUCUCUCAUCACCUGUCUCACAACAUACGUCUCUGUGAGUGUGAUUUUGACAUUGAUGUUGCCAUACAACCUAAUUGAUGGAGAUGCUCCGCUAAUGGAGAUGUUUGCAGUACACGGCUUUCUAGCAGGGAAGUAUAUUGUAGCUGUGGGAGCGGUUGCAGGACUCACAGUCAGCCUUCUGGGAUCCCUGUUCCCUAUGCCGAGAGUCAUCUAUGCCAUGGCAGGAGAUGGUUUGCUCUUUAGGUCCCUGUCCUUUGUGAGUCCCCACACAGAGACCCCCGUGGUGGCCUGUGCUGUAUCAGGGUCUCUGGCUGCUCUGUUGGCUCUUCUGGUUAGUCUGAGGGACCUGAUCGAGAUGAUGUCCAUCGGCACACUUCUGGCCUACACGCUGGUCUCGGUGUGCGUAUUGCUUCUACGAUAUCAGCCUGAUAGAGAUGAUUUCACCAGCUUCCUCACCGAGGAGGAAGAGGAAGAAAGAAAGAGGAAGGAGGAAAUGAUGGAAGCUAGUGAGAAGAACAUGCACUCACCCAUGAAUGAUGGUGGGGAAGAGUAUGGCAACCUCCCCUCAAAGGGAGAUGAUGAAACGCUAAUUGGAAAGUCGGACUCUGGGGGCUACCAAUCAGAGAGCUCUGGGUAUGGGGCUGGAGACAACGGUAUAGAGGUAGACGACUCUGAUGGCACCCUGACUAGACUCUUGAAACGCGCAUUGGGAUCGCACUAUUACACUCUAUGGAUGCGCUUAGGCCUGCCGAACUCGGGCGAUAGGCCCACACCUGCAACAGGACGCACUGUCACUUCCUGUGUCCUCCUUUUCUUUGUCCUAACCUUCUUCCUCUGGACUCUAGUCAUUUAUGGUUUCGACCGGGUUUCAAGAGGAGCUCGCUGGGCUCUAAUGCCUUUUAUACUGAUUGUAAUUGUCAUCAUGGUUACUUUGGUUAUUAUUAUUCUUCGGCAGCCGGAGAACCCUAAAAAGCUGCCAUACAUGGCGCCUUGUGUUCCCUUUGUGCCCAUAGCUGCAAUGCUGGUGAACAUUUACCUCAUGCUAAAACUGUCCAGCAUCACCUGGGUGCGCUUUGUAGUAUGGUGCUCACUAGGUGUACUGAUCUACUUUAGUUACGGGAUGUGGAACAGCUCCCUGGAACUCAGUGCUAGAGAAGAAGCAGCUCAUGCCAGCUCUUACCAGAGGUAUGACGCAGAAGUCGAUGACAGCUUCAAUGUGGAUGAAGACAUCCAUCCUCAGGAGGACGAUGUAGAGGAGGGACAGUACCAAGGUUGGGCAGCUGAGGAGAGCAGCUAUCAGUAACAGAAUCAAUAUGAUGAACGGAGAUCCUCCUACAACAAUCACAAUUACCGAAGCAAAGGCAGGACCAACAAAGUCUUUGACGAGCUGGUCAAUAAAGAAUAUUCACCUGAGUGAGAAUUCUAAACUAAUCUGCUGUCUCAAGAGGAUGGAUUUAAGUGCCCAUGAUUUUGCCAAAAAGGAUGUGUUCCUGGUUCCUUCUAUCAACUAAUCAGAUUUUUUAAGGUCAGGAGUUAGAGGUUAGAUAAGGGGUUCAGGAAAAAAAAAAAAAUACGUAUUAACCUAUCAUUUCCCUCUGAUUUUGAGGUCAUCAUUUACUCACCCUCAUGUAGUUCCAAACCCAUAUGACUUUCUUCUGCGGAACACAAAAGGAGAUAUUAGGCAGUAUGUUAGUCUCAGUCACUAUUUACUUCCAUCAAAUUUUUCUCCAUACAAUGAAAAAAAUCAUAUGGAUUUGAAUUCUGUGGGUGAACUCUCCCUUUAAUGGUUAGGGUUUGUUUGACAGGAAUGUUAUUCCAAGAAAAACAAAAGGAACUAAUCGUUCUUGGCAAAAUCAUAGUCACCAGAUGGAUUUGCUAGGAUUUCCAAAUCAUGUAUGGCUAGUUAUUAAACAUUUUCUUUGAGUGUAUUUCUUCAUCAACUUAUUUUAAAAUUUGUAUUGAUUUGAUUUUGAACAUGUACUCAUCAAAUAUCCUUGCACCUUUGUGACAGAUAUGUGACAUAUCUUGAAGGAGGUUUAGACAUGCAAACAGUAUGGAGCAGACUGGCUCAAGUUUGACUGAGGUUUUAAUAGUGCCUUUAAAUAAACCUGUCUUAUUUUCAAUCUACUAAAAAACAAAGACAUCUUUAGAUAUUCAGUGGAAUAUUUUUGUCUGAUGUGAACUGCUGUUUCAAUGUUGGUUUUAAUUGUGCUGUUAAAUGCAAUGUUCACCCAGUACUCUUGAGAGCACUGCAUUACUUUUAGAGCUGUUGCUUAUUGUAUGUUGCUAGUUUUAGAUCCUAAACACCACUCAAAAUCUAGUGUCUUAUCAAUGAAAAACUCAGGAUGCCUCUACAUGAAAGUUUCUCAAAAGAUGCAGUGAGUGGACUUUUCACCUUACACCGUCUCCACAGCUGUGUUUGAUCUAAAAUCUCAAGCUCUCCCUAGAAUUUGGAGGGAAAUAUUAUGAUUGGCUCCCUGCGAAAGUUUAAUAGCUCUCAAAAUAUUUUGCGACACAUAUCAAAUUCUUUCUAGGUUGGUUUGUAGAAAUGUAUUACUGUUGUGGUUUUUCCCCUUGUUUAAGUUUGCAUGAGGAUAUUUACAUUUCUUCCUUACAGCUAUGUGCGUAAAAUCAUUCUGAUUCAGAACACAUGUAAAUACACUGACAGAUCAAGAGCUACAUUUGUUUGGAAAGAAUAUACAAAUAUAUUUUAAAUGAAAUAUUAAAAUUAAUAUAUUUUACAAACACAAAUGGUGUCUUUUUGUGUCAUCAGCCAUAACCAUAGUAACGACUUAUAAAGAGUACUUUGUGGUCUUAUGAUUUCAUUUAAAUUUAGAUGUAACACGAGGCACCAUGUCACAGCUGUAGCCAGAGAAUUACAUUCAUUUUAAAACAUAUCACUUAACACAAUCCAAAUGCAUAACAUAGUGGAUAUUCCAAGAACUGUUAAGUUCUCACAAUCCCAAUUAAAACGCAGGGAGGAUACACUAAUGCAUUACUAUAAUGAAUCAUUCACUGACCACAUGAGUAAAAUGACACAAAAAUGAUGACGUUUUCCUCUUGCAGAUAUUUUUUUUUCUCGAAUUUCAAAUGCUGAUGUUCUGGGAGGUUGUGUACAGGAUGCUGAGAAGAGCUCUCCAGGGAAACAGUGCAAAUUACAUCUGGUCAUUCAGCCACACUGGUUUCCUGUUUUUCAAGUCUGUCUGUCUAUCUUUCUGUCUGACAGAGCAAGGGUUCAUCUAACACAUGCUAUGCUAAAGGACAUUUGUAAAGGCUGUGAGCUAAUAACUCAGCUUAUUUUGUGCAAGUUUUUGUUUUGUUUGUUUUUUGGUAGAAUUUAAUGUUAACACAUAGGAAGUUGACAGCAAUGCCACUGUACAGUGUGCAGUGUUGGGUAAGUUACUCAAAAAAAGCAGUUCACUACAAAUGACUAAUUACUACUCUAAAACUGUAAUCAGAUUAUUGACUUUACUGGUUACUUAAUUUAAAAAGUAAUCACAUUACUAAUUAAUUACUAUUAAGUUUUUCACAGAAAAGUUUUUGCUUUUACCGCUCAACAAAUUCUAAAUAAUGUCUAUAUUUCCUCCUUUUACAUUAACACUUUAGGGGGGACAUGCCCUUAAAGGAAUAGUUCAUCCAUUCAGCACAUGCCCAUAACAUUCUCUCAUCAUUUACUCACCCAUGUGGCAUCCCAGAUGUGUGACUUUCUUUCUUCUGCUAAACACAAACAAAGAUUUUUUGAAG